GUCUUUCACUGCGACACAACCGACAGAUCAUCUUAGAUGGGUGUAUGAGCGCACACACAAAAAAACAUUGUUUAUCAUUUAGGCUUAAACAAAUAAAGAUAAAGCAAAUACAUGGCAUAAUAUAUUUUAGAAAUACUUUAAAUUAUUCUUUGUAUGAUAACUAGUAUAAAAUAUACCGAUAAAUGUUUCAAUAAUUUUCGCCCUAAUUAUUCAUUUACAAAGAAUACAGGACAUGGCUUUAAUUCUGAAGGAUUCCCCCUCAAAAAACGUGACCCAGAAGUACUUAGUUAUUAUUUUCCGCUUCACAUAGGUGGGGCUAUUUUGGUUUGUUUACGUAAGUAGCGAAAACUCUUGUUAGCGGCUAACUAGCUCAUUUAUAGCUAGCCUCCUAGCAUGAUUGUGCCCUUAACUACUAUCGUAGCUACAUACAGUAGCUAACAAUUUUUAAAAGACGACCAGCUAGUUUUUACUAUUUGUAUCUACGCGCUUUACAUACUAUUAAGCCUUAUUUCUUAUAUCUAACACUCAUACAGUCCACUCGUCUAGUAUUGCUAGUUAACUAACAUCAACGGUAGCUAGCUAACCUUAGUMUGUAACUAUAACUAGUUAAGUUAACUAGCUAAUGUAUGACCGGGUUAUCGAUCCUUGGCCACAGCUCGGUUGUACUUUUUCUCAUGUUGCAUGUCAAACAUACCCAGGUAUACGAACGUUGUAACGUUUAAUAUAUAAUAAGCCUAGUUAGCUAGCUUAUUAGCCUAGCCAGCUAAAUCGUUGACCCAUUAUUUAGCCAGUUUUGGAGAGCGUCCCGACCUUAUUCAUGACCCAGACAGUUGAARCAAUGUGCUGGUAGCUAGUAACGUUAGUAUGCAGCCCAUUAUACACAGAAGAGAUGCCGAAGUGUGGCAUCAAACGAGAAGCCUGUUUUACAAGAAUCUACUCAUCAAAUGGAGGACAAAAAAACAAAGCCUACAGGAGUUGAUCCUGCUGCUGCUCUGCCUGCUGUUUSUGAUCAGCAUCCUGAACCCCCAUGUCUACUAUGGAGGUAUCAGUACUAUGGAGCUGGACACGGUACACUACUCCGUCCUCAACGUCCUGGGAUACACCCCCGUCAACAAUGCCACCAAUCACAUCAUGGAGCAAAUGGCCCAGGAAAUGAACAUGCCGGGCCGUCGGGAGAGUUUCUCUAGUGAAGAGGAUCUGGAGAAUGCCAGUCUGUAUGAGCCAUCAGGCUACGUCGGGGUGGUCUUCAUAGGAAGCAUACCCACCUCUUACAGACUGCGCUUCCCUCACCACCGGCUGCCCAUACCCACCUCUUACAGACUGCGCUUCCCUCACCACCGGCUGCCCAUCCACCUUCUUACAGACUGCGCUUUCCUCACCAACCGGCUGCCCAUACCCACCUCUUACAGACUGCGCUUCCCUCACCACCGGCUGCCCUUGCCCACCUCUUACAGACUGCGCUUCCCUCACCACCGGCUGCCCAUGCCCAGCGACUACACUCAGAACAUCGGUUAUCCUCAAUACUAUAGAAUCCUUCCUCUGUGGAAGAAUUGGAUGUUUGAUCACUGCAAGAUGAUUAUAAUCUCCAAUAUGUGAGUUAUAAAAUAACAGGCUCUCCCUCC